AUGAAAAAAAUGCCUUUAUUCAGUAAAUCACACAAGAAUCCUGCAGAAAUUGUGAAAACAUUGAAGGAUAAUAUGGUUUUAUUAGAGAAGCAGGACAAGAAGACAGAAAAGGCAUCUGAAGAGGUGUCCAAAUCCCUCCAAGCCACAAAGGAAAUUUUAUGUGGUACAGGAGAGAAGGAGCCUCAGACCGAGACUGUGGCUCAGCUAGCACAGGAGCUCUACAACAGUGGCUUGUUGGUGACAUUGAUAGCCAACCUGCACCUCAUAGACUUUGAGGGUAAAAAGGAUGUAUCCCAGAUUUUCAACAAUAUCUUGAGAAGACAGAUUGGCACUCGUUGCCCAACUGUGGAAUAUAUCAGUUCCCACCAACAUAUACUUUUUAUACUACUUAAAGGGUAUGAGUCUCCUCAAGUGGCAUUGCAUUGUGGGAUAAUGCUACGAGAAUGUGUCCGUCAUGAGCCGCUUGCCAAAACUGUCCUUUACUCUGAGCAGUUUGAGGACUUCUUUAAAUAUGUGGAAAUGUCAACAUUCGACAUAGCUUCCGAUGCCUUUGCUACAUUUAAGGAUUUGCUCACAAGGCACAAGUUGAUGGUAGCUGAAUUUCUAGAACAGAAUUACGAUAGAAUAUUUAAUGACUAUGAAAAGCUUCUACACUCCGAGAACUAUGUGACAAAAAGACAGUCAUUAAAGCUGCUGGGUGAGCUGAUCUUGGAUCGACACAACUUCUCCAUUAUGACAAAGUAUAUCAGCAAACCAGAAAAUCUGAAGCUCAUGAUGAACCUACUUCGAGAUAAGAGCCCCAACAUUCAGUUUGAAGCUUUCCAUGUCUUUAAGGUGUUUGUAGCAAAUCCAAACAAAAUACAGCCAAUUGUGGAUAUCCUGCUGAAAAACCAGACAAAGCUAAUUGAGUUCCUGAGCAGCUUCCAGAAGGAGAGGACGGAUGAUGAACAGUUCUCCGAUGAAAAAAACUACUUGAUCAAACAGAUACGAGACUUGAAAAAACCCAAUCCGUGAACAUGUCUCCAGCUUUCUACCAGCCAUCAUCAGAAUAAGUGUUUUAAGGAGUUGUCAUGGCAUCGUCAGUGCCUAUGUUUUUGUUUCAAUUUAGUUUAUUAGCUGCCAAGAGUAUACAGUUUUAUAUUAAAACUUCAAAAAAAAUGUUCUUCUUAAUCAGGUCUGUGAGGAGGUGAAAUUUGCAGUUAGGUGUCCAUGUUGAGUUCACGAAAAAAGUUGGCCCGUCACUGUUGCCGAUGACACGGAGUCAAUAGCUUGUCAAUAAGUCUGUCGUUUUUGCUUUAGCCUUUUCUAUGUACAGUUCUAGAGAUUGUCAGUUAACAUUCCAUUGUCGGCUCUCAACCCUCUCAUACUGGUUCAGAGAAAUGGAUUAUGCUACAGCAACCAAUCUCUUACCAAGAAACCAACUGAGAUAUAUAGCACUUUGUUAAUACCCAGUGGAGCCUUUACUGGAAGGAAUACAAUUUGGCAUAUAGUCCUCUGAUUGAGAUCUAGUUCUACUCCGUGAAUUCUAAGUGUAAGAUCCCGAUCAGUAAGCAUUUGUAACUAAAUAAGGCUAUGUGCAUGAAUUUAUUGAUCUCUCCUGUAUUCUGUUUUAGUGCUUAAAGCUGGAUUCACAUCACGUGUUGUGUUUAGAGCGCGUUAAUGCACCAAUUGCAUUUGGAUUGAAUUGCGUGACAUAUAUGUUUUUUUUUUAACACAAUCUGUUGAUGUGUUGUGUUUUUUUUUUUGGUUUACAGCUGAAGCCAAAAUACUUAUAUAUUUCUUUUUUUAACGUAUUUUAAUGCAUUGCGUUUCUGUUUGCUGGGUGGCAAUAGAUCUCAACUUGUCAUUGCCUUGGGCCUACAUUGAGUAACUCAACUUAAUGCACAUGAUGUAAAUAGGCCCUUACGGAGACAGGUAAAGUACAUGACUAUGUAAAGGCAAUAGAUCUUUAUACAAGACAUCACUGCGGUGCAGUGAUCAUAAAUUGCUGAAAACAAUGCAGUUUACAUGUAUACAAGCCCUUAAUAUCAACGUGAGAGCAGUUUGGUGGUGCUUGGAUAUAGCUAGAUUUAAAUGCAGUAAAUUUAUUAGGCUACCAUUUGAAAAAAACUAUUAGGACUAAAACAUUCAUAUACAAUGUGAAUUAUAGAAUAUUGUUACUGGCUCAGAUACCAUGAGGACAUCAGCUAUAAAAAUUGCAUUGCUUAUGAAAUGCCAUGGCAAGAGCACAUGGCAUCUGUCUGUUCAGAGCCAGUCAGGAACCCGUGCUGAAGGAUGGGGAAUUCUUUACCUUACAGUGUAAAAUAAAUGGCAGUUAUGCAGAAUGGAUCUUGGUUUUAGUCCAUUCUCUCUGCUAGAUGUGUACGUCAGACAACCUUCUAAGAAGCACAGUGAAUAAAUGUUCUCUUAACCUGCAGCUUUUAUCACAUAAAUAAUCAUUUACCAUGUACACAUUGUAUUAUCACUUUUUGCGGCAUUCAGUAUAUAAAGUCCAUUCAUUAAAGAUGAGUCACACAGGAUUUAUUUUUUUCUCAAAAUUUGUCUAGUUUCUACCUAACCGCGCAUUUUAUCACCAAUGAUGUGUCCAUAUUGAAGAGCAGGAAAAGGAGCCCUUCUUGAUUUAAAUAUAGGAACUGUAAGAUAAAUUACCGAGUCCAGAGAAAUUGAGUAUUUCAGCAGUUAGAUGUUUAUUCCAUGCGAAAAAAAGAACAAUACCACAACAAUAAAAAAUUAUUUUAUGUUCAUUUGCAAAAAUAAGGAAUUCCUGUAAAAUAAAUAACAUGGCUAUGAAUUGAUGCUUUUUGAUUAUAUACUAAACUUAUUUAGAUCAAAAUACUUGUAGGAUAGUGGUUACGUGUACCAUCCAUUUUAGAUUAAGAUCCAAAUUGCAUUCUUGACCUGAGCUGGUAGAAUAUCUAGGAUUAAUGGUAAUGACGAGGAAAUAUCUGAGUAUGAGACUUUUGUACACUCUACUUGCUAUAUUUUGGUAUCUCUUUAAAGCACCACUGUGUGUGAUACUCUUAUAUUGAUAUUUGGUGGAAGCCAUACAGUUUCCCUCAAAAACAAAUGGAUGAAGCGUCUUUGCUGUAUUUCUAGAAUCAUCUUGCUUUCGGGACACAUGGAUCUUAAAGUGGCUAUAAAAGGAGUGAAGUUCAGCUGGGACUGGCAGAAUUUUGAUCCAUAUGUGGUCACUGUAGUUGAACAGAAGUCGAUCUACUGACUGACUUCUGUUCAACCACCCUGUUGAAAUAAAAGCCACUCAAUCAGCGGUUGCAGCCAAUGGCUGCAUCGCUAAUCUGUGUAUUCUGACAACGGGGGAGUCUAUCGAUUGUCAGUAUGCAAUAGCGCAUUGGGGAGGAUUCCUCUAUCCACCUCAAACAUGUGGAUGGGGGAAUUUGCUCUGUUUUUUUGUUCAGCCUCUAACCAAACAUGAGUUUCAUCGACCAGCAGAAAUUUGGCAAUUGUUAAGUCAAAACUCUGUAAUAAUUUGAUGACUCCAAUGCAGUUUAUUGGAACAGAAUU